ACUGUUCAUUCCCAGCCACGCUGAAUGCAGGGGGACAGCGCGCUUUUAACUUUUUUUUAAGUCCGAUUUCACAGAGGAGUAUUCCUUUUCUUCACGAUAUCCAAAGGAUCGGCAAGAACAAGAGGGAAAAAAAGUAAGAGAAAAAGAUUACAUGGAUUUCUUCUUGUAUUCUUUCUGAUUGAAUUAAGGAGCACGUGACAGCUGGUUCUGUGCCACUGGAUUCUCACACAAAGAGGCGUGAGGUUAUCUUAUUUAUCUUCCUUUCAUGUUGUUAUUUUCAGUUUUGCUUUGAGAAAGUUUACUGACAAAAGGCACAAUGGUUGCUGGAAUGCUGAUGCCCUUGCGGGACCUAAGGGCCAUCUAUGAAGUCCUGUUUCGAGAUGGUGUCAUAGUGGCCAAGAAGGACAAGAGGCCUCAGACCAAACACCCUGAGGUAGAAAGUGUGAGCAACCUACAAGUGAUCCGUGCCAUGGGGUCUCUUAAAUCGAGGGGCUUUGUUAAGGAGACAUUCGCCUGGAGACAUUUCUACUGGUACCUGACCAACGAGGGCAUUGUUUACCUGCGUGACUACCUCCACCUCCCCGCUGAAAUUGUUCCUGCCUCCCUUCAGAGGGUUAGGAAGCCAGCUGCCACCUUGGCCAUUGCCCAUCGGGCUGCACGGGUCCAAUCUGUGGAAGGUCCUACAUCAUACGUUCCUAAGCCAGGACGCAGAGGUGAAGCAGAAAGCCAAGAGGCUGUGGCCGAGCGUCAAGGUUACCGCCAUAAGAUGAUGGGUACCCGAGAAAGAGAGAGGGAAACCUACUCUGAUAGGACCCCCAGGUUUAGGGGUCGUCCACUGGCUGCAGAACCAGUCAGGCCAAAAGCAUCAUGGGAAGUAGAGGACCAGCCUCAGCCUCUGUUUAGAAAGGGGAACAGCUUCAGAAGUGAAACAGCUGUGAUGGAGGAGGGCAGGGUGAAAACAAUCUCUCACCAGCAGCGUGAUGUGAGAAGCGAGAGGUCAGUUACAGUGUCACAGGAGAGAAAAGUGUACGAAGUCCAAAAGGAAAAGGCUCCAUCUGUCCAGGUUCAGAGAGCAGCUUUGAAACAGGAAAUCUUGCAGACCACUCUGACAUCAGCAUCCUCCGAAAAAGCCCUACCAUUAACUGUGGCUGCUGAAGCUACAGGUGCUGCAACAUCAAAGAUUCUAGCCGAACCCUCUGCUUCCAAAACAAACAAAGAGAAGCUUAAGAUCGAAGAUGAAACAACCUCCAUUAAGUCCGGUAGAAUGGUAUCAAGCCAUUUAGAAAUCACAACACUUCCUGAGAAAAAGGUCAAAGAGGAGAAGACGACAAAAGCAAUUGCGGAUCCAGUUAAAUCUGCAAAGGCCAAAGCCACAUCUGAAAUGGUAACCGAUGAUGUAAAGCCCCAAACAGUUAUUACAACUACUGCUGCUCAGGUAACCUCCAAACCCCUGAGUGACACUGUCACUGCUGCCGCUGUCCUCACAACGUCUUUGAAUAAAGAUGUCAAGGAAGGGAGGACAAAAAAAGUGACUGUGGAUCCGGUUAAACCUGCAGAGAUUAAGGCUGUGUCUGAAAAAACAGCUGAUGAAGUUAAGCCCCAAACAUUAAUUACAAUGGCUGCUGCUCAGGAAAUCUCCAAACCCCUCUCUGGCACAGUUGCUGCUUCCCCUGUCAACACAGCACCUGUCAAUAAAGAUGUCAAGGGAGAGAAAGCAGAAAAGGUGAUCUUGGAUCCAGUGAAACCUGCAGUGGGCAAGCCUAAACUGGAAACAGCAAUUGAUAAAGUAAAGCCCCAAGCAGUUAUUACAGUGGCUGCUGCUCAGGAACCCUCUAAACUCCUUACUGACACUGUCAGUACUGCCCCUGUCAUCACGACACCUGUCAAUAAAGACGUCAAGGAAGAGAAGACAGAAAGGGUGAUCAAAGAUCCAGUUAAAUCUGCAGAGGUCAAGGCUAAACCAGAAGCAGCAACUGAAAGAGUGAAAGCCCAAGCGGUUAUCACAGUGGCUGCUUCGGAAUCCUCCAAGCCCCAUACUGACUCUGCCACCGCCACCCCUCUCAGCACAGCACCUGUCAAAAAAGAUGUCAAGAAAGAGAAGACAGAAAGGGUGAUCAAGGUUCCAGUUGAAUCUGCAGAGGUCAUGGCUAAAGCCGAAGCGGCGACUGAUAAAGUGAAGGUCCAGGUGGCUAACACUGCUCUGGAAUCCUCUGAACCCCAUACUGACACUGAAACCGCCACCGCUGUCAUCAUAACACCUGUCAAAAAGGAUGUCAAGGAAGAGAAGCUGAAGAAAACAAAGGCGAAUGAUGAAUCAGUAAAACCUGCAGAAGUGAAGACCCCGGUUGAAUCUAAAAUAGAUCCUAGCCGGGCCAAGAAAACUGCCAAGCUAACUGCCACUCAGGACACCACCAAACCCCCCCCUGACAGCACCACCAGCGAGCCUGUGUUGCCCGAUGCUGCAGUAAAGGAGAUCUCUAAAGUUAAAGUGACUCAGGAGGCUGUGGAUGUUAAAGUGACCUCAGUGAAUCUCUCAGCAAAGCCCAAAAAUGAUGAAGUGCCCCAGAAAGCUGCUAUGCUGUCUGAGUCCUCGAUACUUGAAGUUAAAACUACUCUCAGUACAACAACUCUCUCAGCACCUGUCACUAGUGCUGAAUACACAAAACCCACCCAAGGGAAAGCUCCUGAAAUGAAGGUGAUUACAAAACAAGAUAAGACAGAUGUAAAGGUGCUCCCUCCUGUGGAGAAAGAGGAACAACUAGUGCCAGGUGAGGCCCCUAGAGUCCAAGUACAGGGCCCCUCGUUAGCAAAAAAAGACUCAUCUUCAGCUCAGCAGAGUCAAAAUGGUGCCACCACAGAGGCGAUUACUGAAACCAAAGACUUGGUUGAGGGAAGAUCUAAAUCAAAGAAAAAGAAAAAGAAAUCUCCAAGUGAGAUGUCCAAGACUAUCAAAGCUGAGGAACAACUUGACUCAAAGUUGGAGGAGGAAAAAAUCUUGACGGAUAAGCCCCGUAAGGAGGAGGCUGAAAAUACCCUCCAACCCACACCAGUGAUGACCUCAGAGUCGCUGACUGUGUGCACGAGCAAGGAGAGUUAUGGGGCAUCACCUCUGGUGGAAAGAAAGACUCGAGUGGAAAAAAAUGUUGAUGGAGUGAAGAUUAAGGAAGUCCCUCAACAAAGUAAUGAAAAGCCAGUAAUGGAAGUUCUUAAACAAACUGCCAAACAGAGUAUUUCUGAAGCAGCAUCACUGCCUUUGGAUCAAAUCCCAGCAGUGCCCCCGGUGGAGCUUCCGAACAUUGCACAAGUAAAAGAGAGGGUUGUGGACAGCGCAGUCAGCAAAAAGACACAGGGACCAGUAGGCUCCAAGGACCAGUUACAGGCUAAACUGCCCCACAUGGAGCCAUUGAAAUCUGAGGAAAUCACAGUCACUGAAGUGGAAACAGUAACGGUGCAGAAAAUAACUCAAGUGGAAAUUAAACAAGCAAGCCCUAAACCUGAAGAGAAAAUCCUCACACCUUUGACAGAACCUGAGAAGCUCAUUGUUGAGACUAAAUCCCCCGUAAGCGCAGAGAAAACUGCAGAGGGAUCUUCAAAGGGUCGGAAGAAAGGGAAAGGGAGAAAGCAGGUUCAGACACCAGCCUCAGACACUAUAAACACAAAGCCUGUCUUUACGCCUGAGGCAGAAACAUUACCGUCCACUAACAUUACAUCAUUGCCCAGGGACAGCCCUGUCACGGCCUCUGAACCGAGUGUUCCUCCAAAGAUGACUCCUGAAAGAAUGUGCAUUGAGGAAACUGGGCAGGCAGCAGCUGUGCUCUCUGAGGCCCCAACAGACAAAGGGGAGGUGGAGCCAGCACCGCUCUGUGCGAAAAAAAUCAAGCGGGAGGUUCCGAAACCAAAAACAUCCUCCACUGCGAGGGAAGCACACGCAGCCGGAGAAUUAGCGUCAGCAGCACCAGUGGUAACAGCAGAGGCAGCUGUAGCUCAGGCACAGGCCAGCCCCCUAGCCAAGCAAGAGGAGCCUCCCAAAGUUGCACAACAUUCGGCCAGUCAGGCAGCAGAGCGCAGCACAGAGAAAAAGCUCUCUGUUUCCAAGGCCUCGGAGCAGGAGGAAGAGAAGAAGAGGGACUUGGAGAAGGACACACCCUCUGCCACUGCCACACCCGCAGCAGCACAGCCUGACCAGCCUCACCUGGGGGACACCUGUGACUCUGUAAACACUGACACAGACGAGGCCGCCAUGAAGAGGAAGAUUGUAGUAGUGGAGGAAAUAGUUGAGGUGAAACAACUUAUUAGUCCUCAGGCAACUGGGGAGCAGUCACCUCCUCCACCUGUGCAACAUGAGGCGGAAGGAGAGGAACUGGACCUGGAUGUUCUGGAAGCCAUCGCCAUAGAGCGGGCGCUUUUGUCAGGGGCGGCGGGGGUCAAGGUGCAGGGAGCCUCACCUGAUGAAGACUGGGACCACUCACUGGAGGAGCCAGAGGAGAAGACGUGGCCAAACUUCGUUGAAGAUGAACGAGAUCGAGUACAGAAAAAGACCUUCACAAAAUGGGUGAACAAGCACUUGAUAAAGCAUCGGAGGGCGGCAGAGUCGCAGCGCCAAGUGACAGACCUGUAUGAAGACCUCCGAGAUGGACAUAACCUGAUCUCGCUGCUGGAGGUCCUCUCUGGGGAAACACUGCCGAGGGAGAGAGACGUGGUCAGGAGCGUUCGGUUGCCCAGAGAGAAAGGCCGCAUGCGAUUCCACAAACUGCAGAAUGUACAGAUAGCACUGGACUUCCUCAAACACCGACAGGUCAAGCUGGUCAACAUCAGAAAUGAUGACAUCGCGGAUGGGAACCCCAAGCUGACUCUGGGGUUAAUAUGGACCAUCAUCCUCCACUUCCAGGUCUCCUCCUCUAUCUCCGACAUUCAGAUCAACGGCCAGUCAGAAGACAUGACGGCCAAGGAGAAGCUGCUGCUCUGGUCCCAGAGGAUGACGGACGGCUACCAGGGCAUCCGCUGCGACAACUUCACCACCAGCUGGAGGGACGGCAAGCUCUUCAACGCCGUCAUACACAAACACUAUCCCAGACUCGUCGACAUGGGCAGAGUGUACCGACAGACCAACCUGGAGAACCUGGAACAGGCCUUCGGUGUGGCGGAGAGAGACCUGGGAGUGACACGCCUCCUGGACCCCGAGGAUGUCGACGUCCCACACCCCGACGAGAAGUCCAUCAUCACUUAUGUGUCAUCCCUGUACGAUGCCAUGCCACGGGUUGAUGUGCACGAUGGCGCCAGAGCAAACGAGCUGGAGCUGCGCUGGCAGGAGUACUACGAGCUGGUGACACUUCUGCUCCAGUGGAUCCGCCACCAUGUCACCAUCUUCGAGGAGAGGAAGUUCCCUGGCAGCUAUGAGGAGAUAGAGCUUCUUUGGCGGCAGUUCUUGAAGUUCAAAGAGACUGAGCUGCCAGUGAAGGAGACGGACAAGAACCGGUCAAAACACAUCUACCAGUCCUUUGAGAGUGCCGUGCAGGCUGGUCAGGUGAAGGUCCCUCCAGGCUACCAUCCCAUUGAUGUGGAGAAAGAAUGGGGUCGACUUCAUGUGGCCAUUCUGGAAAGAGAACGUCUGCUCAGGAUAGAGUUUGAAAGACUCGAGAGGCUCCAGAGGAUUGUCAGUAAAGUCCAGAUGGAGUCGGGGUUGUGUGAUGAGCAGCUCAGUCACCUGGAGACCCUGCUGCAGAUGGACAUUCGUCUGCUGAGCGCAGGGAAGCCAGCUCAGCACACGGCAGAGGUGGAGAGGGAGCUGGACAAGGCAGUCAACAUGAUCCGCCUGCUCUUCAAUGAUGUGCAGGUGCUCAAGGAUGGGCGCCACCCUCAGGCAGAACAGAUGUACCGCAGGGUUUACCGGCUCGAUGAGCGCCUGGUGAACCUGCGCAGCGAUUACAACCUCCGUCUGAAGUCUGCUGUGACCACCGUCAAGGUCCCCAUGCAGCAGACCACCCAGCAGACCAUGAAGGUGCGGCCUGAGCUGGACGAUGUGACCCUUCGCUACAUCCAAGACCUCUUGGCCUGGGUGGAGGAAAACCAGCAUCGCAUUGAUGAAGCCCAGUGGGGCUCUGAUCUGCCCUCUGUGGAGUCCCAGCUGGGCAGCCACAGAGGCCUGCACCAGACUGUGGAGGACUUCCGAUCCAAGAUCGAACGGGCCCGCGCUGAUGAGACGCAGCUGUCUCCUGUCAGCAAGGGUGCGUACAGAGAUUACCUGGGUAAACUGGACCUUCAGUAUGGCAAACUACUGAACUCUUCCAAGUCCCGCCUAAGGAACUUGGAUUCCCUCCACGCCUUCGUCAGCGCUGCCACUAAGGAACUGAUGUGGUUAAAUGACAAAGAAGAGGAGGAGGUCAACUUCGACUGGAGUGACAGGAACAGCAACAUGACGGCCAAGAAAGACAACUACUCUGGUCUGAUGCGAGAGCUGGAGCUGAGGGAGAAGAAGGUCAACGACAUCCAGGCCACGGGAGACAAGUUAGUCAGGGAUGGACAUCCUGGCAAGAAGACAGUUGAGUCCUUCACAGCUGCCCUGCAGACUCAGUGGAGCUGGAUCCUGCAGCUGUGCUGCUGUAUCGAAGCUCAUCUCAAAGAAAACACAGCCUACUACCAGUUCUUUGCCGAUGUUAAAGAGGCUCAGGACAAGAUGAAGAAAAUGCAGGAGAACAUGAAAAAGAAGUACAGUUGUGAUCGCUCCACCACUGCCACGCGGCUGGAGGACCUGCUGCAGGAUGCUGUGGAGGAGAGAGAACAGCUGAAUGAAUUCAAGACCCUUGCAACCGGCCUGAACAAGAGAGCCAAGUCCAUCAUCCAGCUCAAACCACGAAACCCCACCCACUCAAUCAAAGGCAAACUGCCCAUUCAGGCUGUCUGCGACUUCAAGCAGCAGGAGAUCACCGUUCACAAAGGCGAUGAGUGCGCGCUCCUCAACAACUCUCAGCCCUUCAAGUGGAAGGUCCUGAACCGCUCUGGACACGAGGCGGUGGUGCCCUCCGUCUGCUUCAUGGUGCCGCCAGUCAACAAGGAGGCGAUGGACGGCGUGGCCAGUCUGGAUGCAGGUCAUCAGCAGAUGGUCUCUAUGUGGCAGAGGCUCCAUGUAGACAUGAAGAGCUUGCUGUCAUGGCAGUACCUGAUGAGAGACUACACACAGAUCCGCUCCUGGAACAUCACCAUGUUAAAGACCAUGAAACCAGAGGAAUACCGGCUGGUGAUGAGGAACCUGGAGCUCCACUACCAGGACUACAUGCGGGACAGCCAGGACUCGCAGCUCUUCGGCCCAGAUGACCGCAUGCAGAUCGAGGAGGACUACACCAAGUCCACCCAGCAUUUCGACAGCCUCAUUCGCUCCAUGGAGAAAGGACUAAUGGUUGUUAGGCACAAAGGUCAACAGGAUGAGACUCUGUGUAAGAACUACCUCUCUGAGAUCAAGGACCUGCGUCUGCGUAUCGAGGACUGCGAGGCCGGGACUGUGGCCCGCAUACGCAGACCUGUGGAGAAGGAACCUCUGAAAGAGUGCGUCCAGAAGACAACGGAGCAGAAGAAAGUCCAGGUGGAGCUUGAAGGUCUCAAGAAGGACCUGAACAAGGUGUCCGCAAAGACAAAAGAGGUCUUGGCCUCCCCCCAGCAGACUGCCUCUGCUCCCGUCCUGCGCUCAGAGCUCGACCUCACCGUGGAGAAGAUGGAUCACACCCACAUGCUCUCCUCUGUUUAUCUCGAGAAGCUGAAGACUGUGGAAAUGGUCAUCCGUAACACACAGGGCGCCGAGGGAGUUCUCAAGCAGUAUGAGGACUGCCUGCGCGAGGUUCACACCGUCCCCAAUGAUGUCAAGGAAGUUGAGACUUACAGAACAAAGCUCAAGAAAAUGCGAGCCGAGGCUGAGGGCGAACAGCCAGUGUUUGACUCUCUGGAAGCAGAGCUGAAGAAGGCCACUGCCGUGAGCGACAAGAUGUCCCGCGUCCACAGCGAGCGCGACGCUGAGCUGGACCACUACCGCCAGCUCCUGUCCAGCCUCCAGGACCGCUGGAAGGCCGUGUUCUCACAGAUUGACCUUCGCCAGAGAGAGCUAGAGCAGCUCGGCCGCCAGCUGGGCUACUAUCGCGAGAGCUACGACUGGCUGAUCCGCUGGAUCAACGACGCCAAGCAAAGGCAGGAGAAGAUCCAGGCUGUGACCAUCACUGACAGCAAGACUCUGAAAGAACAGCUGGCUCAGGAGAAGAAACUGCUGGAGGAGGUUGAGGGCAACAAAGACAAAGUUGAUGAGUGUCAAAAAUAUGCUAAAGCAUACAUUGAUACCAUUAAGGACUACGAACUCCAGCUGGUGGCCUACAAAGCUCAGGUGGAGCCUCUUGCUUCUCCCUUGAAGAAAACCAAACUGGAUUCUGCUUCUGACAACAUCAUUCAGGAGUAUGUCACACUGAGGACCAAGUACAGUGAGCUGAUGACUCUGACGAGUCAGUACAUCAAGUUCAUCACCGACUCGCAACGCCGCUUGGAGGACGAGGAGAAAGCUGCAGAGAAACUCAAAGCGGAAGAGCAGAAAAAAAUGGCCAUGAUGCAGGCCGAGUUAGACAAACAGAAGCAGUUAGCUGAAGUUCACGCAAAGGCCAUUGCCAAAGCUGAGAAAGAGGCUCAAGAGCUGAAGCUCAGAAUGCAGGAAGAAGUAAACAGGAGAGAAGAUGCUGUUGUAGAUGCAGAAAAGCAAAAGCACAACAUCCAGCUGGAACUGCACGAGCUCAAAAACCUCUCGGAGCAGCAAAUCAUGGACAAAAGUAAGCAGGUGGACGACGCUCUUCAAAGCAGAGUCAAGAUUGAGGAGGAAAUCCGCCUCAUCAGACUCCAACUUGAGACAACCGUAAAGCAAAAAUCUACUGCGGAAUCUGAGCUCAAGCAACUUCGUGACCGAGCAGCUGAGGCAGAGAAACUCCGAAAGGCCGCCCAGGAAGAAGCUGAGAAGCUCCGCAAACAAGUCAACGAGGAGACCCAGAAAAAGCGCAUGGCAGAAGAGGAGCUCAAACGCAAAGCCGAGGCAGAGAAGGAAGCUGCUAAGCAAAAGCAGAAAGCUCUGGAAGACCUUGAAAACCUCAAGAGGCAGGCCGAGGAGGCAGAAAGGCAAGUGAAGCAAGCAGAGAUUGAAAAGGAGAGACAAAUCCAGGUUGCUCAUGUGGCAGCCCAAAAAAGUGCUGCAGCUGAGCUUCAGAGCAAACACAUGUCCUUUGUGGAAAAGACCUCGAAGUUAGAGGAAUCACUCAAACAAGAGCAUGGUGCUGUCCUUCAGCUGCAACAUGAAGCAGCAGCUCUCAAGAAACAACAGGAGGAUGCGGAAAGGGCCAGAGAAGAAGCCGAAAAAGAGCUCGAGAAAUGGAGGCAGAAAGCCAACGAGGCGCUCCGUCUAAGACUCCAGGCUGAGGAAGAAGCCCACAAAAAGAGCCUUGCUCAAGAAGAUGCUGAGAAACAAAAGGAGGAGGCUGAGCGUGAGGCUAAAAAGAGAGCCAAAGCUGAAGAUUCAGCCCUUAAGCAGAAAGAAAUGGCUGAGAAUGAACUCGAGAGGCAGAGGAAGGUUGCUGAGAGCACAGCCCAGCAGAAACUGACUGCAGAACAGGAGCUGAUCCGACUUAGGGCAGACUUUGACAAUGCAGAACAGCAGAGAUCCCUCCUUGAAGAUGAACUUUACCGCCUGAAGAAUGAAGUUGUUGCUGCUCAGCAACAGAGGAAGCAGCUGGAGGAUGAACUGGCCAAAGUGAGGAGUGAAAUGGAUGUACUCAUUCAGCUUAAAUCCAAGGCAGAAAAGGAGACCAUGUCCAACUCAGAGAGGAGCAAACAGCUUCUUGAGGUUGAAGCCACCAAGAUGAGGGACCUGGCUGAGGAAGCGAGCAAGCUUCGAGCCAUUGCAGAGGAGGCCAAGCAUCAGCGUCAAGUUGCUGAGGAAGAGGCCGCUCGCCAGAGAGCAGAGGCCGAAAGGAUCCUCAAAGAGAAGCUGGCUGCAAUCAGCGAUGCAACUCGUUUAAAAACAGAGGCUGAAAUUGCCCUGAAAGAGAAGGAGGCAGAAAACGAAAGACUCCGACGGCAAGCUGAGGAUGAGGCUUACCAGAGGAAAGCUCUUGAAGACCAGGCCAACCAGCACAAGCAACAGAUUGAAGAAAAGAUCGUUCUACUCAAAAAAUCAUCUGAGGCUGAAAUGGAGAGACAGAGGGCCAUUGUGGAUGACACACUCAAACAGAGGCGAGUCGUCGAGGAAGAAAUCCGAAUUCUUAAACUCAACUUUGAAAAGGCUUCAUCUGGAAAACUGGAUCUGGAGCUAGAGCUGAACAAGCUGAAGAACAUUGCAGAGGAAACUCAACAAAGCAAACUCCGAGCAGAGGAGGAGGCAGAAAAACUAAGGAAGCUUGCCCUUGAGGAGGAGAAGAGGAGGAGGGAAGCAGAGGAAAAGGUUAAGAAGAUUGCCGCUGCAGAGGAGGAGGCAGCCAGACAACGCCAGGCAGCCCAAGAUGAGCUCGAUCGUUUGAAAAAGAAAGCCGAGGAAGCCAGAAAGCAGAAAGACGAUGCUGACAAAGAAGCAGAGAAACAGAUCUUAAUGGCCCAACAAGCAGCCCAGAAAUGCAGUGCGGCUGAGCAACAAGUCCAAAGUGUCCUUGCUCAACAGAAGGAAGAUACCAUCAUGCAGACAAAGCUUAAAGAAGAGUACGAGAAAGCCAAGAAGCUUGCCAAACAGGCAGAGGCUGCCAAGGAGAAGGCAGAGAGGGAGGCAGCUCUCCUUCGUCAACAAGCAGAGGAAGCAGAGCGACAAAAGGCAGCAGCUGAGCAAGAAGCUGCAAACCAAGCCAAAGCUCAGGAGGAUGCUGAGAGGUUGAGGAAGGAGGCUGAAUUUGAAGCAGCUAAACGAGCACAAGCAGAAAAUGCGGCACUCAAGCAGAAGCAGCAAGCCGAUGCUGAAAUGGCGAAGCACAAAAAACUGGCAGAGCAAACAUUAAAACAGAAGUUCCAAGUGGAGCAAGAGCUCACAAAGGUUAAACUCAAGCUUGAUGAAACCGAUAAGCAGAAAUCCGUCCUUGAUGAAGAGCUGCAGCGCUUGAAGGAUGAGGUUGACGAUGCUGUCAAACAAAGGGGCCAGGUGGAGGAGGAGCUGUUGAAAGUCAAGGUGCAGAUGGAGGAACUUCUCAAAUUAAAACUCAGGAUUGAGGAGGAAAAUCAACGCCUCAUCAAGAAAGACAAAGAUAACACACAAAAAUUCCUCGCCAAGGAGGCUGACAACAUGAAAAAGCUGGCAGAGGAUGCUGCUAGACUGAGUGUAGAGGCCCAGGAGGCUGCACGCUUGAGACAGAUUGCAGAAGAUGACCUCAAUCAACAACGAGCUCUUGCAGAUAAAAUGCUCAAAGAGAAAAUGCAGGCCAUACAAGAGGCAUCUAGACUUAGAGCUGAGGCCGAGAUGCUCCAAAGGCAGAAGGACUUGGCUCAGGAGCAGGCACAGAAGCUGCUGGAGGAUAAACAACUGAUGCAACAGCGUCUGGACGAGGAAACCGAGGAAUACCAGAAGUCACUUGAAGCAGAAAGGAAAAGGCAGCUGGAGAUCAUUGCUGAAUCCGAAAAACUCAAGCUUCAGGUUUCUCAGCUCAGUGAAGCCCAGGCUAAAGCCCAAGAGGAGGCUAAAAAGUUCAAGAAACAAGCUGAUUCGAUUGCAUCCCGCCUUCAUGAGACUGAACUAGCCACCCAAGAAAAAAUGACUGUAGUGGAAAAACUGGAAGUCGCGAGACUUACUUCCAGCAAAGAGGCUGACGAUUUACGCAAAGCUAUUGCAGACCUAGAGAAGGAGAAGUCUAGACUGAAAAAAGAGGCUGAAGACCUUCAAAAUAAGUCUAAAGAGAUGGCUGAUGCACAGCAGAAACAAAUCGAACAUGAGAAGACAGUUCUCCAGCAGACAUUCCUGUCAGAAAAGGAAAUGCUGUUGAAGAAGGAGAAGCUCAUUGAAGAAGAGAAAAAGAGGCUGGAGAGCCAGUUUGAAGAAGAAGUCAAAAAGGCCAAAGCUCUCAAAGACGAACAGGAACGCCAGAAACAGCAGAUGGAGGAUGAGAAGAAGAAACUCCAGGCUACCAUGGAUGCUGCCCUCAACAAACAAAAAGAGGCUGAGAAAGAGAUGCAUAACAAGCAAAAAGAAAUGAAGGAAUUGGAGAGGAAGAGACUGGAGCAGGAAAGGAUUCUUGCAGAAGAGAAUCAGAAACUGCGUGAGAAGCUGCAACAGCUUGAGGAAGCACAGAAAGACCAACCAGACAAAGAGGUCAUCCAUGUAACAAUGGUUGAGACAACAAAGAAUGUUUACAAUGGCCAAAAUGUCGGUGAUGUGGUAGACAGUGCAGAGAAGAAACCAGAUCCCUUGGCUUUCAACGGAAUCCGUGAAAAGGUACCUGCAAGCAGACUUCAUGACCUCGGUCUUUUACCCAAGAAGGACUUUGACAAGCUGAAAAAUGGCAAAACCACUGUGCAAGAACUUGGCCAGACAGAAAAUCUUCAAAAAAUUCUUAAAGGAAAGAAUGGCAUUGCUGGUGUUUUGACACCAUCUAAUCAAAAACUGUCGAUCUAUCAAGCAUCAAAAGAGAAGAAGAUUACUCCAGGCACAGGCAUAAUCCUUCUUGAAGCCCAAGCAGCUACUGGUUCUAUUUUAGACCCCAUUAAGAACCAGAAACUUUCCGUUAAUGAAGCUGUCAAGGAAGGCGUAAUUGGCCCCGAACUGCACAACAAAAUGCUUUCAGCUGAGAGGGCAGUUGUUGGCUACAAAGAUCCAUACACUGGUGGGAAGAUCUCUGUCUUUGAAGCAAUGAAGAAGGGUCUGAUAGAACAUGAUCAUGCCAUCAGAGUCCUUGAAGCUCAAUGUGCAACCGGUGGCAUCAUCGACCCCAUCAACAGUCACCGUGUACCUAAUGAAAUAGCCUACAAACAGGGACAAUAUGAUCACGAAAUGAACAAAAUUAUGGAAAAUCCUUCAGAUGACACAAAGGGAUACUUUGACCCCAGCACUCAGGAACCUUUGACAUAUUCUGAGCUGAUGAAGAGAUGCACCACUGACCCAGACACAGGCAUGCUACUACUGCCUAUCACAGACAAAGCUGCUCAGUGCUCAAGUAUAUACACAGAAGAGGAGACCAAGGAUGUGUUCAGCAAAACAACUGUGUCCGUGCCAUUUGGAAGAUUCAAGGGAAAGACUGUCACCAUAUGGGAAAUAAUCAAUUCUGAGUACUUCACAGAAGACCAGAAGAAGGACCUUCUCCGUCAAUACAAAACAGGCAAAAUCACAAUUGAGAAAAUCAUCAAGAUUGUGAUCACUGUGGCAGAGGAGAAAGAGAAGAAGAAUGAAAUUACCUUUGACGGUCUGAGAGCACCUGUCCCUGCCACUGAGCUCCUGGAAUCCAAAAUCAUUGAUAAAGACCUGUACAACAAAUUGCACAAGGGCAAUAAGACAGUCAAAGAGGUGUCUGAAAUGGAGCCUGUCCACAAAGCACUGAAGGGUACAAACUGCAUCGCAGGUGUAUUCAUUGAACCAUCCAAGGAGACAAUGUCCUUUUAUCAAGCUAUGAAGAAAGACAUGAUGAGGCCAGGACCUGCCUUGAAAAUGCUUGAAGCCCAAGCAGGAACCGGUUAUGUGGUUGACCCUGUUGAUAAUAAGAAGUACACUGUUGAUGAAGCUGUAAAAGCAGGUGUCGUUGGUCCUGAGCUGCAUGAAAAACUCCUGUCUGCAGAGCGAGCUGUGACCGGCUACAAAGACCCUUACACUGGGAAGACUGUAUCUCUGUUCCAGGCAAUGAAAAAAGAUCUCAUACCCAAAGAACAAGGAAUCCGGCUGCUUGAUGCCCAAAUGGCCACUGGUGGCAUUAUUGAUCCAGUAAACAGCCAUCACAUUCCUCAUGAUGUGGCCUGCAAGAGAAAUUAUUUUGAUGAUGAAAUGAAACAAAACCUCAGCAGCCCCACUGACGAAACUAAAUGCUUCUUUGACCCCAACACAAAAGAAAAUGUCACAUACCCAGAGCUCUUCAAGAGAUGUGUCACUGACAAGAAAACUGGCCUCCAGCUUCUGCCUCUUUCUGAAGAAGCCAUCAAUGCAAAGGAGGAGCUAGCAUACACUGAAGCCCAAACAAAAGAGGCUAUGACACAGGCAACUGUGGAACUUGACUCUGGACCAUUCAAGGGCAGGAAGAUGACCAUCUGGGAAAUUCUCAACUCUGAAUAUCUCACUGAGGAACAAAGGCUUGACUUGCUCAGACAGUUUAGGUCAGGAAAGAUUACAAUUGAAAAGAUUAUCAAGAUCAUGAUCACAGUUGUAAAUGAGAAAGAGGCCCAGAAACAAGAAAAGACCAGCUUCAAGGGACUCAGAGCCCCUGUCCCAGCAGACUCUCUGUAUGAUUCCAAAAUUAUUGACAAGUCAACCUUUGACCUCCUUAAACAAGGCAAAACAACACCCAAACAAGUCAGCAAGAAUCCUGAUGUCAAUAAAUACCUCCAAGGCUCUGAUAGCAUUGCUGGCAUUUGCCUGGGCCCAACAAAAGACACAAUGAGCAUUUAUGAGGCAAUGAAGAAAAAGCUCCUCAGACACAACACAGGUCUUUCACUUCUUGAGGCCCAGGCUGCCACUGGGUUCAUGGUGGAUCCAGUGAAAAAACAGUGUCUGUCAGUAGAUGAGGCAGUGAAGUCAGGCCUUGUUGGUCCAGAGCUACAUGAAAAACUCCUGUCUGCAGAAAAAGCCGUCACUGGCUAUAAAGAUCCAUUCACAGGCAACAAAGUCUCCCUCUUUGAAGCAAUGCAAAAAGAUCUCAUCUUGAAAGAGCAUGCAAUGCCAAUGUUAGAAGCACAGAUGGUUAGUGGAGGAAUCAUCGACCCUGUAAACAGCCACCGUGUCCCAAUUGAUGUUGCAUAUCAGAAGAACAUAUUCAACCAAAAAACUGCCAAGAACCUGUCCGAGCCAUCUAAUGAGAACAAGGCUUACUCAGACCCAGAAACUGAUGAGAAUGUGACCUACAAACAGCUUAAAGACAAGUGCCAGAAAGAUCCAGAGACAGGCCUUUACAUCCUCCCACUCUCCAAACCUCAGUCUCCUACUGUUGUGGAAAAGACUUACCUCUACACAGAGGAACAAACACAGAGUGAUCUGGCCAGCACCCAGAUUGACAUUCCAAUUGAGGGCUUUGCUGAUAAACCAAUGAACCUCUGGGAUAUCAUGAACUCAAAUUUGCUUCCAGAUCAGGAGAGGCAGAGGCUCAUGGAAGAAUAUCGCUCUGGUAAUAUCACUAAAGAGCGUAUGAUCAUCAUUAUCAUUGAGAUCAUGGAGCAGAGAGAGAUCAUCAGAAAUGAUAGUCCACUGUCAUAUAAGACUAUCAGGAGAAGGAUAACCAUUGAGGAGCUCUACAAUGCCCGGAUCAUUGAUUUGGAGACAUACAACCUCAUUAAACAGGGCAAGAGAGACAUCCGUGACAUAAUGGAGAUGACCAGUGUGAAACAGUAUCUCUAUGGCACAGGCUGUGUGGCUGGGGUCACAACUGACUCAAGCUCCAAGAUGAGCAUAUACCAAGGAAUGAAGAGAGGUUUCAUUAAACCAGAAGUAGCCCUCAGUCUCCUAGAAGCACAAGCUGCAACAGGAUUCAUUGUCGAUCCAGUUAAAAAUGAAACACUCACAGUUGACGAAGCUGUCCGUAAGGGUAUUGUUGGCCCUGAGAUCCAUGAUAAACUUCUUUCAGCUGAGAGAGCAGUCACAGGAUACAAAGAUCCAUACAGUGGGAAAAUUAUCUCUCUUUUCCAGGCCAUGAAGAAGGACCUUGUCCCAGAGGAUUACGCUCUGAAAAUGUUGGAGGCACAAACUGCCACUGGUGGCAUUAUUGAUCCUGAAUUCCAGUUCCACUUGCCAGCAGAUGUUGCCAUGCAAAGAGGUUAUAUCAAUAAGGAAACCAAUGAAAAGCUGACUGACAGUGUCAAAGGAUUUGUUGACCCUGUCACUGAGGAGAACUUGUCUUAUGCACAGCUGCUCAAGAGAUGCAAGUUAGAUGGUGGGUUACGCCUACUCUCCCUAGGAGACAAGAGACUGAUGUUCAAGGGUCUGAGGAAACAGAUCACAAUGGAGGAGCUGCUCCGCUCACAAAUUAUUGACCAGCAGACAGUCACUGAACUGAAUGAGGGUCUUAUUUCAGUGGAGGAGGUCAGCAGUAGACUAUCAAGGUACCUCGAGGGCACAAGCUGCAUUGCUGGUGUAUUUUUGGAGACUUCAAAGGAGCGUCUGUCAAUUUACCAGGCCAUGAAGAAGAACAUGAUUAGGCCAGGCACUGCAUUUGAACUCCUUGAGGCCCAGGCAGCCACAGGCUACGUCAUUGAUCCAAUCAAAAACCUCAAACUGACUGUCAGUGAAGCAGUGAGAAUGGGAAUUGUAGGACCAGAAUUCAAAGACAAGCUCCUCUCUGCUGAGCGUGCAGUGACAGGAUACAGAGAUCCUUAUUCAGGCAAAACUAUCUCCCUGUUCCAGGCCAUGAAAAAGGGUCUAAUCCUGAAAGAUCACGGUAUCCGUCUCCUGGAAGCCCAGAUUGCCACUGGUGGAAUCAUUGACCCAGAGGAAAGUCACCGUGUGCCAGUCGAGGUGGCCUACAAACGUGGCUUCUUUGAUGAGGAAAUGAAUGAGAUCCUGACAGAUCCAUCUGAUGACACCAAAGGCUUCUUUGAUCCCAACACUGAGGAAAACCUUACCUACCUCGGGCUCAUGGAAAGGUGCAUCACUGAUCCUGACACUGGCCUGGUGCUCCUGCUACUGAAAGAAAAGAAGCGAGAAAGGAAGACCUCCUCCAAAUCCUCUGUUCGUAAACGCAGAGUUGUCAUCGUAGACCCAGAGACAGGCAAAGAAAUGACAGUGUAUGAGGCCUACAGGAAGGGACUCAUUGACCACCAAACCUACCUUGAGCUUGCUGAGCAGGAGUGUGAAUGGGAAGAGAUCACAAUGACCUCCUCUGAUGGUACUGUCAAGUCCAUUAUCAUUGACAGGAGGUCAGGGAGACAGUAUGAUGUUGACGAUGCUCUUGCGCGUGGCCUCAUUGACCAGAAUGCUCUUGAUACAUACAGAUCUGGAAACCUGGCCAUCACAGAAUUUGCUGACAUGCUCUCUGGAAACAUGGGAGGCUUCCGCUCCCGCUCAUCCUCCUUCGGAUCCACCACUGGUUCUACCUACUCGUCUCCCAUGAGCCCCAUACCCUCCAUUAAACCACCGGCAGUCAUAUGGAAUGAUCCAACAGAGGAGACAGGCCCCAUUGCUGGGAUCUUAGACAUAGACACACUGGAGAAGGUGUCAAUCACUGAGGCCAUACACAGAAACCUGGUAGACAACAUCUCAGGCCAAAGAUUGUUGGAGGCCCAAGCCUGCACUGGAGGAAUAAUUGACCCUACAACAGGGGAGAGAUUCUCAGUCACUGAUGCUACAGAAAAAGGCCUUGUAGAUAAAGUCAUGGUUGAUCGACUCAACCUGGCUCAAAAAGCAUUCAAUGGAUUUGAAGACCCCAGAACUAAAGUGAAGAUGUCUGCUUCUCAGGCUCUAAAGAAGGGCUGGUUGUACUAUGAGGCUGGGCAGCGUUUCCUUGAGAUCCAAUAUCUGACUGGAGGACUUAUUGAGCCUGAUGUUGAAGGCAGAGUGUCUCUGGACGAAUCCAUCAGGAAGGGCACGAUCGAUGCCCGCACUGCACAGAAACUGAGAGAUGUCAAUGCUUACUCUAAAUAUCUUACUGACCCCAAAACCAAACUGAAAAUCUCCUUCAAAGAUGCCAUGGACAAAAGCAUGGUCGAGGAAGGCUCCAGCCUAAGGCUCCUGGAGGCCUCCUCACAGUCCAGCAAAGGCCUCUACAGUCCUUACAAUGCCAGUAACCCUGGAUCUGCCUAUGGCUCUCGGACUGGCUCAAGGACUGGAUCCCGAACAGGCUCCAGGAGAGGCAGCAUUGAUGCUGGUUCUGGCUUCAGCAUGAACUUCUCAUCGUCCUCCUUCACAUCCUCUUCAACCGGCUACAGCCGCAGAUUCUGAUUAGCUAGUUCAGUUCCUAACAACUUUUGACUUAGAACCAACAAUACUAAUGCAAGUCACAGUUGCAUUUCACAUAGGAAAAAAAGAGUUACAAUAACAUAGAAAAUAUAAUUUAUUUAUUCUGCCCUGAAUAUUAUCACAUCAAAAGAAUUGCCUUGGCAAUGCAUUUUUUUCUAAUAGAACAGUUGUCUACACCUGUGCCUCAUAUAUAGAGACAUAACAAAGCAUUGCUAGAUAUAAAAUAUAUUAAUUUUCUUUUUAAAGUCACUUUAUAUUUUACAAAGCAAAACAUACAAUUUUCUGCUUUUUUAAGUGACUAUAGUUUUAAUUUGUUCAAAUAAUGUAUACUUGUGCUUUCUGAAACUAAUAUAUACUGUAAGUAUGUCAAACAGAAAUAUUUUUCCAGUAUUCCUUGUUUCCUUUAAAAUUCAAGAAUAUUUGUCUAUUUUUUAUCUUUUUGACAGUACUACUUAAUGCGAUAUUGUAUGUCAAUUUAGUUCUAAUGUUUUAAACAGACUCUAAAAUACAUAGAUGCCUUCAAAUCUCUGAAUGUUUGUAUAGAGAUUUUGUGUUAAUGUUUUCAUGUUAAAUGUUGCCUAACUUAAACGUACACUCAGUAAGAAUACACCUGUGAGACACUACCAAAUGAGACACAGUAGGAAUACAACACUGAUAAGAAGUGCCAGAAUUAAAAUUAUGCAGACUGCUCUGAAACCUGUUUCACAUGACAUUACCUUGUACUUAUGCCCACUUAUAGUCAGUGUGCUUUUGCAUCCUUUAACCUCAUUACACCAUUGUUUUAUACACUCCAAGUUUUGGAUUCUUUAUAUUCACCAUCGUUCAAGUGUUCCUGGUAAAUCCCAAGAUGAUGUCAGACUUCAUCCUGCUCUCCCAUACAGACCAGCCUCCUGUUAUUUUGGUUCUUGUGCCUCAGUCACCCAGAAUGCAACAUAAGAGCACUGAUACUCAGUUGGCCAGAGGAUACGAUCCCCUCAACUUGGAUGGGUUUGUGAGUCCCUGUCAUCCUCAAACAGUUACACAGAUCUGCCAUUGAGUAUGUCCUUUCUUCCAUUGCACAUUUGAAGAAAGCUGAGGCUGAGUCAAUCUGACACCAUCUUGGGAUGAAUUUCUAGGAACACUCUUCAUUCAUGAUGUUUUUCAUAUAUUUAUUACUUGAAUGCUGAUAGUGCUAUUUAUCUUGUUGUAUCCUGAAUUUUCUUUUAGAGAGCAAUCCCAAAGUAAAGACACAUCUUCAUUUUUUUUCAUUUAAAUUGGGAUUUACUGUAGUCAUGGAACGGCACAUCUUCAUUUAGCUGUUCUUAAUAGUGUAUGUUCGUAUUACUGUACCUCUGUGUAAAUUCAGACCCACCAAAGUGCUAAUAAGAGACAUUUGGAGAAUUGACAUAUUUGAUACAGCAACACAUUGCAUGAAUGUAUGUAUUAUAUCAAAUUAACUCUUAGAUGAUGUUUUGCCACAGAUUUCAUUUGCAAAUGGAAAAAAAAACAGCUUGAUGCUUUAUUUUGCUUAUAGUUAUUUUUCCACAGCAAGCAAUUUUGUUAUGUAUCUCAAGUGUUUUACCUCUGUAAAUCCUUUUAUUUUGUUUUCAUCAAGUUUUUUUUUUUGAUAUAUUAUGGAUUUGCCUUGCAUGUUUUACUAACUUUACAAAGGAUAUUUGGGUAAAAAAAAUGUUAGUGUAAAGUAAAGACAACUGCAGAUGUACCUGCUGAUAAUUUUAGAAAUAUAUAAAUCCACAAACUAACUGGUUCAUUUUGCUUAUGGGGCAGACUUUGCUUAGAAUGAUAUGGUGAGUGGAUUAUGUUGUAUGUGCUGAACAUAACACUAUGUUGUAAAUAAAUAUGCUCUGAAGAGGCA